AGUUGAAAUCUGACAUUGCCGUGCACUCAGAACGUUUUAUCGUACGAGUACAGUUUGAGUUGUAUACAGAUAAUUAAAACUAGAAUUAAUAUUUUCUAUUACUUUCGACGUGAAUUAAAUCAACAGCCGAUCAAUUCUCUUCGACUUUUGGUGAUGAAGCACUUCAAAUAAAAACGUUUUCGAACAGUCAAAACAUCGAAUCGAUGAGUCAUAGUUUGACACUCUUAUUACCAUAGAUAAAAAAUAAAUUGCGAGGUUAACGUUUUUCUAUUGAGAAAAAGCGAUCGAUGAGUUAAAUUAUUGGUUAACAGGUAUAUUGAUCUUAAUAAAAACUGCCUAUAUUUGAAUGAAUGAAUGAAUCAGAUUAAUAUAGUGAAUAUAUAAGUGAAUUGAAAUCGAAUGAAUAUGAUUAGAGAACAUUUUGAGGUUCACUGUUCGAUGUAGACUUGAGUAAUUUUGGUGGGGGAUAGGGGAACGAUGGGAUAGGAGUAGGUAGAAGUGGCAGCGAUGCUUUUUCGAGCGUCGGGACGCUUGUAGCUUUUAGGACAGCGUCAACCUCCGGUCGUCCUCAGGCACAGAGGCCCUUUGUUUUUCGAUUGAAUCAGCGAGAAAAGAACCAGCGCCACCAUGGACGCGAUCAAAAAGAAAAUGCAAGCGAUGAAGCUUGAAAAAGACAAUGCGGCCGAUAAGGCCGAUGCGAUGGAGGGUCAGUACAAGGAUGCCAACGCACGCGCAGAAAAAAUCAAUGAGGAAGUACGCGAUCUCCAAAAAAAACUCGCCCAAGUCGAGAACGAUCUUUUAACGAGCAAACAAAGUCUCGAAGACGCCAAUCAAGAUCUGGAAAACAAGGAGAAACAAUUAACUCAAGCCGAAUCUGAAGUAGCUGCCCUCAAUCGUAAAGUACAACUCAUCGAAGAGGAUUUGGAACGGUCCGAGGAACGUUUGGCCACGGCUACCACUAAAUUGGCCGAAGCUUCUCAAGCUGCCGAUGAAAGUUCACGUAUGUGCAAGGUACUGGAAAACCGUUCUCAGCAAGAUGAAGAACGUAUGGACCAACUGACCAACCAAUUGAAAGAAGCCCGUCUAUUGGCUGAAGACGCCGAUAACAAAUCCGAUGAAGUAUCCCGUAAACUGGCCUUCGUUGAAGACGAACUCGAAGUAGCCGAAGAUCGAGUCAAGGGUGGAGACGCUAAGAUUAUGGAAUUAGAAGAAGAAUUGAAAGUAGUCGGUAAUUCUCUCAAAUCUCUCGAAGUAUCCGAAGAAAAGGCCAACCAAAGAGUAGAAGAAUUCAAAAAACAACUCAAGAGUCUCACUGUUAAACUAAAGGAAGCGGAAGCUCGUGCUGAAUUCGCAGAGAAGACCGUUAAGAAAUUGCAGAAAGAAGUUGACAGACUUGAAGAUUUUGUGCUCAGGGAAAAGAACAAAUAUUUUGGCAUUGUUACCGACAUCGACAAAACGUUUGUCGAAAUGUCUUCGCUAGGCCAAAAGAAAUAAUCUUCCGCUUACUAACACUAUACUUUAGCUUUAAACUAACGAAAUUAGAAUAAUUUUAACACGCUAUACAUUUUUCGAAUAUCUAAUUUAUGAUAAUUUUAUUUGUAUCUCAAGCUAACGUAAAAACACUAUCUUUAAAACAUUAAAAAGUAUUAAUUAUCCAUUUUUUGAUUAUCUAUUCAUUUAUUUCAUCCUUGUAUUAUCUAGAUCAAGUUUUCAACACCUUUUCGUCUUCCAUAGAACGUAAUCAUAUUUUUUUAGAUUUAUUGGAAUGGUUUUCCUUAAUCCUGAUUUAAUUACAUGUUUCAACUUGUAAAAUGUCCUAACUAUUUUUAAUUUUUGCUACAAAAUCAAUUCUUUCGAUAUUACAUGAAAGGUUACACUCUAAUAAGAUUUUUUAUCAUCAAUAAAUGUAAUCAAGCAAAUCCCAAAACUAAUCAAAGUCAUUUUAAUUUGGAAAUCUUUUUUUUUCUAAAAUAUCAUCAAAAUUUAUAGUAAAAACCCAUUUUUAUUUUGUUAGCUUGAGAUGGUAGCUUCAAUAUGUUGAUUUUAUAAUAAAAAUACUACAUUAUAUACAGGGCGUUAUAACGAUAGCGUGUUUAAUAAGGAAAAUUUCUUUAUUUUGUUAAAAAUGUUUUUUAAUUUGUUUGUAUAUGUAAACUUGAAUCAUUUUAAACGAAUAGACAAUGGAAAAAUGAAAAUACUUUGAAUUUGUUGUCUAAAAAAACGUAUUUGUCCAUGAACUAGCCGGAAGUAAUGAUGUCAACAGUCAACGCCAUAUUGUUGAAUAUUACAUUUGACAAGUCCACUGAAGUAUAUUUCGAAAAUGACAUAUUAAACUAAUAAAUCACUGUUGCCAACUUCUUUGGUUAAAUUCACUAAGGCAAUACUUGUCAGUAGCUGUGAAAUUUUUCAAAAAAGAUUAUUUUCGCAAACUAAUUCCAAUAAAACCAAAAUAACUUCACAAAAUGCUUCUCACCAUUAGGGUGCAUAAUUUGCUUUCGUGUAAGGAUCAAAAUCAGUCUCCAAAUAAAAUCAACAAUUUUUAAGUUGAACAUGAUAAUAACAUAUAUAGGGUGUUUUAAUUAAAAAAAUAAGUAGGAGGAUUCUAGAUCGGUUUGGUAAAAUGGAAAAUGCUUUAGUCCAAUCGGAAUCAUGCAAAAUAUCACCUUCUAUAUAAAUUUAUAUUUUGAGAGAAUUUUUUUCAUUAAGAAAACAAUAUACAGGGUGUUUUAAGUAAAACAAGAUUUCAGAACAAUUAGAUAUAACAGAAAAAACUUUAUUCUAUUUGGAAACGUCCAGAAUAUCACCUUGUAUACAAAAUUAUGUUUUAUUUAUAUUUAUGAGCUUUACUAACCGCAGCUUUCCUCCAGUGCUUCUGCUUACAGCUUUUAGGGUAAGUUUUUGUGUCUUUUUUUGUUUAAUUGGGAAAAAAUUUUGUUGUCUUGAAAAUUAAUUGAUUCACAUCGUUUUUCGUCUUUUAGUCCUUUAUUCGAAUCCUAAUAAUUGUGUCAAAAAUUUUAGACGAACUUGGUAUCAACAAGGACAGGUACAAAUCUCUCGCCGACGAAAUGGACUCCACUUUCGCCGAACUUGCUGGUUAUUAGGAAAAAUCUUCAAUUUCCAGGACAAUUUCUACCGUGUCCUGUGUCACAUACGCACAAUAAUAUACUAAUUUAUUUAUAUAUUGUACUUGGAAACAUUGCGAAUGAAAAGUUACACAUACUAAUUUGUGAGCUUUGAUGUAUCGUAUUUCUAGUCCUAUUUAAGCCCUUCAAUUGAUUUAAAUAAAAAUACAUUGUAUCAUAUUCGUUUGCUUUCGUUUUAUUUAUUGAUUAAAUUAUUAU